AUGUCGUCAAAUCAAUUCACAGUGGCAUCACCGCCAGCGGACGCCAUCUCCGCCUUGAAGUUCUCCCCGGAUCCCAACUCCACGCGAAUCGUUGUUUCGUCAUGGGACAAGAACGUUUACCUUUACGACCUGCGCGAUGAGAACGACGUGGUGGGAGAGGGCAAGCUGCUUCAGAAAUUUGAGCACCGCGCACCGGUACUGGAUGUGUGUUUCGGCGAGAAUGAGAACGAGGUCUACACGGCUGGUCUGGAUUGGGAUGUUCGCAAAAUUGACCUGAACACAUCUGAACAAACUGUCCUAAGCAGCCACGAAGCCGGCGUACGCAACGUCGUUUACAGUCGCGAACACAACCUAGUCAUUUCCGGCUCAUGGGACUCAACCCUCCACGUGCACCGCCCCGACGCAAUCCCCGUCACCGUCCCUCUCCCCUCGAAACCAUUCUCGCUCUCUCUAACAGCUACCAAGCUGGUCGUGGCCAUGGCGUCGCGAUCUCUUCACAUCUACGACCUGAAGGCGUUAGCCCUCCUCACAGCACAGGCGGAUAGCGCGAGCGAGAAUGGAAAUAAGGUCGAGAUCGAGCCGUGGCAACGGCGCGAAAGUAGUCUGAAGUUCAUGACCCGAUGCGUUGCCUGUAUGCCCGAUGACGCCGGGUACGCUUCGUCUAGCAUUGAAGGCCGUGUGGCUGUUGAGUGGUUCGACCCGUCGCCUGAGUCGCAAGCGCGCAAAUAUGCCUUCAAGUGUCACCGCCAGACUGGCGAGGACAAUGUCGAUGUCGUUUACCCGGUCAAUGCGCUCGCAUUCCACCCCGUGCAUGGCACAUUUGCUUCUGGGGGUGGUGAUGGUGUUGUGGCUCUGUGGGAUGGAAUUUCCAAACGCCGUAUCCGUCAAUAUCAAAAGUACACUUCUAGUGUGGCGGCCGUCGCAUUCAGUGGCAAUGGCAAGUAUCUUGCGAUUGCAGUCAGCCCUGGUUUUGAGGAUGGCAAGGACGAUGUGCCGGAGGGUAUCGUUAAGAUCCAUGUCCGCGAAUUGGGCGAAACAGAAGCCAAGGGCAAGGGACCCAAAUAG